UUUUGCUUUCUUUGCGGAUUCAGAAGGGAAUUGAUGUCAUUUCGCUAGACAUGAAGGUUAAAAGGAAGAGACAAAGAAAAGAAGACAAUCGUGGAAAAUUUUGACAAAAAGUCAUUCAACAUAUGACAGAUUGAUGGAUCCCCAGAUCAGACUAUCUUAAAAGACUUGUGGGAUUUGUGGUGGGACUUCUUCUUUUAUAAAUUUUGUGUCAAUUUUCGGUGGGAGUUUAGCAAGGGGAUGGUGGCAUUGAUGGUACAAAUGCAUGCAGUGCUGGAAUUUAUGAGGGAUAAAGGAGCUUUGUUCACUGAUUUACUCCAUUUUCUGUUGCAUUCACUUCCCUACACAAUAAUGCCCUUUAGGAGCUAGUGCUUUCUUGCGUCACUUCUUUUUUUCUUUUUUCCCCCCUCCUAGCACUGUUUUCUGGAGAGAAAACGUAAAGUUGACGCCUCUGUUCCUAUCGCUCCUCCUUAUGUCAUAGCACCAUGAUCCUUGACAUCCAAAAACACCACAUUUUGUUUCCUCUCAUUUAUAGUCCUCACCAUAUUUUAAGCUAGUAUUUGAUCAUCUUUCUGGACCCCAAAAAGAUUUUCCUCACUCUACUUUGUUGUUUGUUCAUUUCAAGAUCGAGAAGCUGCGUUUACAGGAAUCGGGAGCAAUGAAAGAGAGAGGCAAAGCUGUAGAAGUGUUCAGCAACGACAUUGAGUAUUAUUCUUCAUCGGAUGCUCCUUGCAAGAAGCACCCAUCUUCAUCCUCCUCGGCUGGCAUUUGCGCUUAUUGUCUCAAGGACCGCCUGAUCAAGCUGGUCUGCUCCGACUGUGGAGAGCAGCGCCUCUCUUCUUGCUCUUGCUCCGAGAUCUCUUCCAAUCGGAAUUCAUGCACUGUCGAGGUAGGGAGUGUUGGUCGAGUCUCAUUCCUGAUAGAGAAUGAAAGGAACGAAAUUUCACGAUCGCAUUCUAAGCCCAAAGCCCAAGAGAGGGCUGAGGAAGUCGUUGUGCUCAAGAGGAGCAGCAGUAGCUGUGUUGAGAUCAAAAGAAGUACUGGGUUUUGGAGAAUUGGGAGGCUGUUUAGGAAGAAAAAAGAGAAGAACUUCGAGGGAUCGAGUGUUGCUGGUGGCUGUGACGAUAAAAGUGACUUGUGGUUGGUUGAUUAUAUGGGUGUGUCAAGGUCCAGAUCCCUCUGCAGUUUCAGGGGGGGAGGGUGGUUUGGGUCAGAGGAUGGUGAAAAUUUGGUUGUAUCAGCUGCUAGGAGUUCUAUUUCUGCUGCCAGGAGUUCUGGCGUCAAUGGUGGUCUACCCUUAGAUUCUGGGAGAAGAAGUGGUUUCAGUGAAGCAGAGCCAAGAAAAAGUGGGUUUGAUGGAGAAAAGAAAGAUAGUCACUUGGAGUCUGAAAAAGGUACUGAUCUUAAGUCUGUGAAGAAGGGUGGAAUUCUAGAGCCUGAUGCUGGUUUUAAUGGAGCUAACAGACGUAUUUUCUCACUCAAAGAGAGUGAUUUCAAUGGCAUGGACGAUUCAAGCUUUAUCGACUUGAAGCUCGAUUACUCAUCAGAAUCGAAGCCAGAGUUUCCUGCAGCAAAAAUGUCUGGAUUAACAAAUCCAGACUCGGCUUUUGGCAGUACGAGAGGGAGUAAUUUUGUGGCACAUGAAUGUGGGGGUUCUCUUGGGAAUUUGACGGGAGAUGGGAGUUUCUGUAAUGGGGGUUCCUGUAGGAUUACAGUGAAUGAGAAAGGGGUCAGAAAAGGCAGGAAAAGUAUGAAAGGAUGGCGCUGGAUUUUCAAGCACCAUCAAAGCUGGGGAAGUGCAAGGAACGACGAAGAUCUCAUGUUUAAAAGCUGAUGAAUGAAAAACCUAGACAGCAAAGUGUCGUUUCUGUGC